AUGGCUGCCGUGGUUCCUCAUCACCACCAAGAAGAUGGAAAUCAGCAAGUCACGGUAUUUGCAUCGGACCUCCACCAGCUUACCAGCUUCUUCAACGAGGAGAUCUUGUCCUUGCGUAAGGACAUGGAGAUGCUAAAACAGGGCGGAUGGACUGUCACAGUCGGCGCCUUCCAGCCAUCCAAGACGUUCGACCUCACCGAGGUGAAUGCCACUCGCGAGCGGCUUCAGAAAUCCAGUGGCUUUCUCGGCGCAUUGAUGGCCAAGUCGUCUGCCAACGCCAUGAAGCAAGUUGAGGGCCCUCCCAGCCCGCCUAACACGCCCAACCGGAACGGCAGUGGCCUGUCUACCGCACCUGCAGUGCAGCCACCCAACGGUGUCUUUGGUGCAAAGCCGGAUGGGUUUCUAGACUCGAAGGAUGACACUAACGACAGUGAUCCCAAGUCCCCUCCGGUGAACCCAGACACACCGAUUCCGUCUACUGAGGACCUGUCGUUUGUCCACAUGUCCUCGGCUGGCAAUUGGCAGCCCUUAGCAAUCCGCAGCUUGCGCCCACUGGACGACGCGAUCACCUCGACUAUUCCUUCGCCCUCUACCAUGCAGACCUUCUCUUGGGACUUCAUCCGAAAGUUUCUCCUCGGAAAGGUCUGGAGCCCGGGCUUCUACUAUCAUCCAGUGGCCGAAGGCGUCAGCAUUAUGCCAUCCCGAACCUAUUACCUUCUGGAUGCCUCGACUGACCCUUAUCUCCCACGCUCGCCCGCUGCCCAUGGUGCCAAGUUGACCGCAUUCUUCAACCCGGAAAAUCCCGAGGACGUUGAUGGCGACGAGGCGGCCGCUGCCUUCGACAACGUGCCAGUGUUCGUUGCAGCAUCGGACUGGGCAAAGAGGCACAAGCUUGAGAGCGAUGGUGACGAAGUCGGCGGUCGCAAAGAGUACCUCUACAUGGGAAUGUACAGCCAGCUGCGCUUCUCGGACAAGCUCGACUAUGACAGGCAGGUUGAACAAGUGCCGGACGCCGUGAAGAUGUACUGGGCCGAGCAGCUCGCAGAUGUCGCACGUCCUAGCUGGGUCACGGAGGCCUUGAUGAAGGCCUUCGUGCCAAAGCCGGAGUACGAGGGUCACUUGCCGGGCCUCCAGGGUGCCGAGGACGACGUUGUCAGGCAGGAGAUUGGUCGGCACGUACGUGAUCUGAGGGAGUGGGAAGAGUUGGCCAGGAAGAAAGUCGGAAAGCUUACCAAAGAGAAGGUCCUCCAGGCGUUCGCCAAGGAGGAUGCUGCGGAUCCGCCCGGUCUAAGGCUGUGGUGGGAGUACUUGCAGUGCACUGGCUGGGACCGCGGCUUCUACGACAUGCUGGUGCGCGAGCAGCAGAAGUGGGUCGAGAAGGAAAAGAGGGUCGUCAAGUCCAUGGCGUAA